CUGUAGUUACCGGUGCCACGUUCGAGAGGUACGCUGAAGAAAACAUUCCGUACUCAGUUUACCAAUUCCAAUAUUUUUUUAUUUAUUUAUAAGGACUAUCUACAUUUCGUUUUUAUUGGUUGAACAUAACCGGUUUAGUAAAUAUAACAAAUAAUGUCAUGUCAAUGGAACAUAAGCUUCCGUUAGUCGAUAUAAACAGAGCAGACGAUAUAUACAGAACAGGGGAAACAUUAUCCGAGUCAGGGUCCCCAGACAGUGAAAUGAUCAGAAAAGGUGGCCAAGAGGAUUUGGCUAUAUAUGACCACAAGCCCAAGCAACCAGCUCCACAGAAAACACCAGCAAGCCUUAAGUACAUCAGUUUGGUUCUGCUGACCCUACAAAAUGCUUUGCUCAUCCUUGUCAUGCGCUACGUGCGUACACGUGAGGGGGAGAUGUUCCUGUCUACCAGUGCUGUCAUUAUGUCAGAGAUCUUUAAGUUCAUUACCUGUCUUGUUAUUAUUUUCAUUCAGACUGGGAGCAUUAGAGCAUGGCUGAAGCUACUCUAUGAAGACAUCAUCCUAGAGCCCAUGGAUUGUGUCAAAGUGUCGAUUCCAUCUAUCAUCUAUGUUCUACAGAACAAUUUGCUUUAUGUUGCUGUCUCUAAUUUAGAUGCUGCUACAUUUCAGGUAACAUAUCAGCUAAAAAUUCUGACCACCGCCAUUUUCUCAGUUGUUAUGUUAAAAAAAGUGCUGAGCAAAUUCCAGUGGGCUUCACUGGUCAUUCUCUUUGUGGGCGUGGCCAUUGUCCAGAUGCAGCCGGAGAACAGCAAGAAAACAGCAACAGCCACAGAACAAAGCCCAGUCAAAGGACUCAUUGCUGUCAUCAUCUCCUGUUUCAUGUCCGGCUUUGCUGGUGUUUAUUUCGAGAAAAUCCUCAAAGGCACGAGGCAGUCAGUUUGGCUACGGAACGUUCAGCUCGGCGUGUUAGGAUCUGUUAUAGGUGUUAUCACCAUGUUUAUGAACGAUGGUGCUAAAGUACAGGAAAAGGGUUUUUUUAACGGCUACGAUUCUGUUGUUUGGUUUGUUGUCUGUCUACAGUCUUUCGGGGGGCUUUUGGUUGCUGUUGUUGUUAAGUACGCAGAUAACAUCCUCAAAGGAUUCGCUACGUCUGCUGCUAUUAUAUGCUCAUGCGUGGCCUCGAUUUAUUUCUUUGAUUUCCAGCUGUCCAUAGAGUUUACAGUUGGGGCGGGGCUUGUUAUAGCUGCUGUGUAUAUCUAUAGUAAAUAUGUUCCAGAGAGUACACCUGUACUACCAACAGCCAGCAGUAGAAAAUUAUAAAUCAAUUUUUUACUGCUAGUUUGUUAGAGCUUAGUUUCUACAAGCAAGAUAAAACCACAAUAGCAAAACAAUUUUUUUUCAUUUUGUUGUGGAUUAUUUCCUACAUUUAAAAAGCAAACUUGUAUUUUUAUAUCAUCAAAUACAGAUUUUAAAACAUUUUAACUCGAAGUACUGAUCUUAUUAAUUGUGAUUCAUCAUGUUAUGAGUAUUUUUUCAGAAAGAUUUCUAUUUAAUAAUUAUUUAUCAAUUAUAUGUUACUUACAUAUUACUUUUUGUACUGCUUCACUAAAACCCUUGUUUAAUGUUAUUUUUUAACUAGCAAUAUUGUUGAUUAACCAAGACAAGAAAAAUAUUUCAUCCCAUUAAUAAAUAGUGCAAGAAAACGGUUGUGAAGAGAAGAACUGAUAAAAAUUAUCUAGUGUUAUUUCGUACGUUAGGUUAUGUUAGCCUGUCACCCCUCAUGUGACAUAGGCCGCUGACAAAAGCUUUUUUGUACUUGUAUCAACACAAUAUAACACAAACGUUCACUGUCUUCAACACAACACUGUGACCUGGUUAAUUAAAUUCAUUUUAAGAGUUCUUUCAGUUGAAAAAUAAUUUUUUUUCCAAUGAAAUUUUUUUGUUUGUUUGAAAAUUAAAGGUAUUGAUCAUCACUGCUUUAAGUUUAGGCAACAUAGUGAUAAGUGUUUUAUUUCCAUUGACUUAAAGUUGUGGGUGUUUUGGUAAGCGAAUUCUGUUUUUCCGACUCCUCAUUCUGUUUCAUUCAUCUAUACUUACUGGUCUCUCUUUAUUUUAAUAAUAUUUCUACAUAUGUAUGUGUGUUCUCAAGUGUUGAAGUAGAUGAUUUUGUCACUGUAAGUUUCUGUUUACAAUUUAGUUGUUUGCUUAGCAAGACAGUUGUGUUAAAAUAAUAGUUUAUUAUUGAUUUCCCCCCCCCCCCCCCCCAAUCAAUAAAUCAAUAAGGACCACAUGUUCAACUUCGCCUGUAGUGACUUCUAAUAGUGAUGAAAGCUGGGGAAAGGCUUAACAGGGCUGAAUUUUAAUUUUCCAAUAAUGUGGAUUAGAAAUGUGAUAAAAAUUGGAUAAAUAGUUUAUAGAUACUUGUGUACUGAAAUAUAUUUCUGUAAAGAAUAUCCUAUUUGAAAAUUAUACUGCAAGAAAAUGGUUAAAUUCUUUUACUUGGCUUGAUGGUCGAUUUUUUUUUUCCCCCAUUAAAAUGCCAUCUUGUAUUUACUAGUAAAAUAUAUGUGAAAUUGAAAGUAGCUUUAUUUCAUUGUUUAACAGAACUAUUAAUAGUUCAUUGCUUGUACAGUGUGUUCUGGUUGUAUUGGGGAAUGGAUUAGAGAUUGUUUGAUUAAACUUGUCUAUUUUUUGUAAACUAUGGGUCCAGCUUUAGAAUUUAAUAUUUUAUAUCAAUAUUUCUCCAAAGAUUCUCCAUACUUUAAGAUUUUAGCAAGGUAUGACGUAACCUUGUAUUGAUUUAUAGGCAAACCUGAAACUUGUAACCAGUUUCAAUUUAACUUAAUUCUUAAUUGGUUGAACACAUUAAAAAUAAUCAGCAUUAUUAAGAAAUGGCCACUAAAUUUCUUUUAAAAAGAUAUAUUUUCUUUAUUUUAGUAGAAUCCUGUUAUCUCUUACUAUAACUCGCGCCAGUGUUUAAAAUAACUCACAUGCACUAGAGGCCUUAUGCUUACUUUUUCGUUUGCAUGACUCAACAAGCUAUACGUUCAGAAAUAAUUUGUAAACUUCGAAGCUUAAAAUAUGUGACAUACUCCUGUAAUAUUAAAAUUGACACAGAAGUGUUACUUAAUUUCAUGGCUAAACCUGUUAACUAUUAAGGAAUCUCAUAAUCUGUAAAAUUGCAUUGGUUUAAGCCGUUUCUCUUUUUAUCCCAAGUUUUUCAUAUUUCAGUAUUACAAAGGAAAUAACAACGAACAAUUGAACUUUUUAAUUUGAAAAUUAUUCUUAAAAAUAUAACUAUCAUCACUAAAGUUUAGUGUGGUGAUAGUCUUGUCUUCUUCAAUUUUUUUAUUUAUUGAAUAAAAUUUUCCUGUGGGGUGAGUUUGAACAAGUACCGCAUUGUUUUAUACUAAGCCGUGAAGCUGUGACUAACAAAAUUUUUAAUGUUUCUGCAUGUGUGCAAUUAAUUACAUGUAAAUAUGUUUGUAUAUGUGAGUUUGUACGUAUGUAUAUAUAUCAUAUUCUAAAUAUUAAAUAGAAACAAUGUUUUCAUAGUGGUUAUACAAUUGGGUAAAACAAAUUUUCUUGCACAUGAUCAUUUUUUUCCAUAACCAUAUCAAUAAUCUUUUUGUUUAAUUAAUAUAUUCAGUUGGGUUAUCCUACUUUACUAACACACUUUUAAAUGUAUAUUUCAUAUCCAAAUGAUUUUUGUUUAGAUUAGUAUUAUCAAAUUAGU